CUUGCUGCGGGCCUUAAAGUUGUGUUAGUCUGUUGCUCCGAGCUGCGAACUGAGGAACCGGGGAACGUUGAACCGGGCUGGAGUUGGAGAAGCCGACUGAGAGAGGCGGGAGGGACGCAAAAGAAAUUAGAAACAACAUCAAAUGCUCAUCAUUCUUAAUGUAUGUGUUUGUAUAUGCAUAGAAAAUUCAAGUCUGGAAAGCUAAUCGUCAAAACUCACCACUGGAUGAGGUCUUGCGAAACACCAGUUAUAACUGAAAGCAGUAUUUCUGAAAGUAUGGCUCCCAGAUCACCUGAUAAUCACCUUGCAUUCUGACUCUUGGACCCCACCCAGAGCCAUCCUAUUCCUGAGCCCGUUGAGCAAGCAUUGAGGUGGCUCAUGAAAAAGACUAACAUCCACAGGACAAUGGAUUAUUAUUGUUCACCUGAUUAUAAAAUGCUUCCUCUGAAGAAAAUGGAAGAGACCAUGGCUUGGCUGACAAAAUUAUCUCCAAGGAAAAAAGAAAGUGAGUCCUGCUUUGCCCAACCCAGACCACAUACACUGGGAAAAGGAUCUACUCUUUAUGGCAAGGUACAAAAGGAAAGUCCUCCGCCCCUCGAGAAGCUCAAGAUUGCAGCAGUGUCUACAGCUAAUGGUGUUAAAUCCCUCCAUGAACAGCCCCUAGCAAACGAUACUGCAGAUCCACCAGGAUCCACAGAAGAGACUCAGCCUCUAGACAGACCUGAGGAGUCUGGGCCGCCUCAGCCAGGUGGUGAAGAUGAUACUCCAGGUACAGGAGAAAAGAGGAAAGACAUGGGAGCAAUGACAGAGGCUCAGCCUUUAAAAGGAAAUGCUGAGACUGAAUCUGUAGGAACAGACACCAAGGAUCAGCCUUUGAGGACCACAGGAGAGAGGGACUCUCCGGGAGCAGUGGACGGUACUGAGAAUCCACAAACUGCCAGAGAGAUGAAACCUCUAGGAACAGCUGAGAAAAUCCCUCCUCUGGAAGCAGCUAGAAAGCCACAACCUCAAGAAGCAAUGGGAAAGGGUGAACAGACCCAACUCCCAGAAACAGUUCCCAAGGAGAAUGAAUCUCCAGAAGUAUUGGAAGGAAGUCAGUUUGUGAAAACAGCUGAAGAGUGGCAACUUCAAGAAACAUUGGGAGAAGAUGAGCGGUCCCAACCUGUCGAAACCAUUCCCAAAGAGAAUGAAACACCGGAAGUAUUGGAAGGAAGUCAGUUUAUGGGAACAGCUGUAAACAAUUAUUUGCUCCAUAAAACUCCUGAAGGUCCCGGAAGCAUGGAGCAGAUUCAACCUGAAGGAAUAAUAGUUGGAAGCAUAGAGCAUCUGGCAGGAAUUCUAGAAAUAGGAGCAAAUAUUGAAAUGGUCAGGAAAAAUCACACUAACGAAGAGGACCAGCACAUUGAAGGUGAGACAGGAGAAAAAGUUGAAACAGAGAUGGAGAAUGAGAAAGGAAGUGAAGGGCCUGGAACAAAAGAAGAAGAAACAGGGGAAGCUGUGGAUCUUUCAGCGGCCACAUAGAUUGGCAUGGUUGUAGAAGGAUGAACGGACAGUGUGUUGUAACAGAAAAAUGGAGUGAAGUGUGUGGGUACAGAUCUUAUCUUUCAGUGUCUACGCAUUUUAUACGAAGAGUAUGGUUAUCAUGUUCUUGAUUACGUUGUUCCAUAAAACCGCUAGGCUGUAAACAGUUUUCUUAGGCACUUAGAAUAGUAAUACAUUCAGACCUGCAGCUGCCACAGCCGAUAACAAGUAGGGUAUAGGAUCCCCGGAGGGUGAGGGUGUUUUCUUCAGUGUGGUAAUAGGUCUAUUCAGUUUAGAAAAUGAGACCCUAAAAAGAAGGUAUAAACCUUAGAUAUAGGUGGAGAAAAGAGUUAGCACAUUUUAGGGAGCUCAUGAUGAUAAGGUUGCACAGUUAUAAUUACAAUGGGAUAAGAAUGAACAACAAUGUCAGGCUAAACUAUACCUAAUGUUUCUUUCCUGUUGCAGAAUUUAAAGCUGGUAGGAGCCUUGGAAAGUGUGUCCAUCUAGUUACCUGCUCACCUUGAAUCUGUCUACUGCCUUAGACUCUUAUUUAUCAUGAUGUGUUAAAUGUGUUAACAAAAUCCUUGUCAAAGGAAUGCAAUCUCUGGUGCUAUUGCAAAAUCAGGUGUUUCUACACUGAAAGGCUAUACAUUUUCCAUGUGCCAUUUUGAAUUAGCUGUUGAUUUUGCACUUACGUGAAGAGUUUCAAUUGGUGUUAUCCUUUUGACUGACAUUAAACGUAUUUUAAAUAAAUUGACUUUUGGGGCACCUGGGUGGCUCAGUUGGUAAGCGUCUGCUUUCGGUUCAGGUCAUAAUCUCAGUUCAGGGUCCUGGGAUCGAGCCCCACGUCGUGCUCCCUG